AUGGACGGCGACGAAGAUACCGUAAUGCGUGAUACGCAUACUAUCCCAUCUCUGAGUUCCGGAAACCCACGUACUCAGAAUCUGCCCACACACCUCGGCACUCAUCUUACUCCGAUUCUUACCCCGUCUUUGAACACUCAAGCAUCAACCUCGUCAUCACCCGGCUCUGAUCAGUCCCACUCUCGAACUUCCGGAAUGGGGCCCCCUGACCGUAUGGCGAAGGCCAGUGACACGGGCAGCUCCUCUGCAGAUCAGAUCAUGAAGAUCGACAGCCCUAUUGAAACAAGCUCGGACUGGUCUGAUGAAGAAGAUCUGGUCAAAGCUGGCCUCCCUCUAGCGUCACUCGCGACGGGUCUUUGCUAUGACCUUCGUAUGCGCUGGCAUUGUGAAGUCAAGCCAGAAAGUGACGUUCACCCCGAGGAUCCCAGACGUAUCUAUUACAUCUACAAGGAACUUUGUCGCGCCGGUCUUGUUGACGAUGAAGAGUCCACUCGACCUCUGGCGCCCAAAACUCUUGAACGUAUCUCGGCGCGUGAUGCGACCGAGGCUGAAAUCAUGACCGUUCACACAAAUGAGCAUUUCGACUUCGUUCGGAGCACUAGUAGAAUGCCUGACGAGGAACUCAUCCUCCUCGAGAGAUCCCGUGACUCAAUUUAUUUCAAUAGUUUGACCUUUGCAUCUGCCUUGCUUUCCGCUGGUGGAGCAAUUGAGACAUGCUUGGCUGUCGCCCAACGCCGUGUGAAGAACGCCAUUGCUGUGAUCCGCCCGCCCGGUCACCAUGCUGAGCAUGAUACAGCAAUGGGAUUCUGUUUGUUCAACAAUGUAUCGGUUGCAGCUCGUGUCUGUCAACAAAGAUUGGGAGAGGCCUGCCGGAAGGUCAUGAUUCUUGAUUGGGAUGUUCACCAUGGCAACGGUAUCCAGCAAGCAUUUUACGACGAUCCGAACGUUCUUUACGUGUCCAUUCAUGUCUACCAAGGCGGUCAUUUCUAUCCAAACGGUCCUGCGGGAGACUGGGAUAAAUGUGGCGAGGGUGCUGGAGUUGGCAUGAAUGUCAACAUCCCAUGGCCCGAGCAGGGCAUGGGAGACGGUGACUACAUGUAUGCCUUCCAAGAGGUCGUGAUGCCUAUUGCGCAAGAAUUCGAUCCCGACUUGGUGAUCAUUGCGGCCGGGUUUGACGCUGCUGCUGGUGAUGUCUUGGGUGGCUGUUUCGUCUCGCCAGCUUGUUAUGCCCAGAUGACACACAUGCUGAUGACGCUCUCGCACGGGAAGCUUGCUGUCUGCUUGGAAGGUGGAUACAACUUCAAAUCGAUCUCAAAGUCGGCUCUGGCUGUGACCAAGACUCUGAUGGGCGAGCCGCCUGAUCGCCUGACUGGCAGCGCUCCCACAAAGGCUGCAGUUGAGACCGUUCGCCGGGUGCGAAGCAUUCAGGCUCAACACUGGUCUCGCCUUUACCCCAAGAACACUAUUGCCCGCACGAACGGGGACCGACUUCAUGAUAUCAUCCGGGCCUUCCAGUCCAAUCAGCUGUACGAAAACUGCAAGCUCACGCCUCUUUACGUUUACCGGACCACCAUUUCACAGUCGUUCGACCAGCAAGUCCUGGCUAGUCCCAAUUACACCCACGCCGUUCCCCUCGUCGUGAUUUUCCAUGACCCGCCCGAGAUCAUGGGACAAGCUCAUCCCGUUUCUAAUAAGAUGGAAGCCCAUAAUGUGUGGUUGGCUGAUUCUCUGAAGGGCUACAUUAAAUGGAUCUGUGAUAAGGGCUACGGAGUCAUUGAUGUCAACAUCCCCAAACAUAUCACACGCGAAGAGUCAAACGGUCGGUACGAAGGGGUCGAUGACGACCGCCAGACUGCCACCGAACAGCUGGCCGCAUAUCUGUGGGACAACUACAUCGAUCCAAACCAAGCCACGGAUAUCUUCUUCCUGGGCGUCGGGAAUGCCUUCCACGGAGUUGUGAAUUUGCUAAUCAACCGAGAAAACCUCUACAAGCGCUUGAAUGGAAUUGUCUCUUUUGUCGCAGAGAAUCCAGUUCGCGCAGUGGCCUCCCAUACCCAAACCUGGCUAUCAAAGUGGUACCGCGAGAACUCGCUCGUAUUCGUCGCAGGCUCUCACGGUGUCUGGGAAGAUGGCAUGCGGCGUCCGUCCAAGCGAUACGGAGCGCUGGUCAAGUCCCCGGUAUCAGGAUUGAAUGAAAUGCUUGAGGAGCAUAAAGAGGCUGUAUUUGAAUGGAUCUCCGAGCGGGCUGAUGUCGUUCAUGAGGAGACAGAGGAUGAGGACGCUUGA